AUGGCUUCUGCAAAACUCAACUCUCUCUCUUCCCAAUGGAUCGCCAAUAAUCCAUUCUCUUCUCGCCGUGGAUCUUCUGUUUCCUCCACUCGUAAUCUCUCUCUUCCGAUCCGCGCUUCUUCUUACUCCGAUGAACUCGUUCUAACCGCCAAAACGGUUGCGUCUCGUGGUCGUGGAAUUCUUGCGAUUGAUGAGUCUAAUGCAACUGCUGGGAAGCGUUUGGCGUCUAUUGGAUUGGAUAAUACUGAGGCUAAUCGUCAGGCUUAUAGGCAACUUCUGUUGACAACACCGGGUCUCGGCGAAUAUGUUUCCGGCUCGAUUCUUUUUGAGGAAACUCUUUAUCAGUCAACAACUGAUGGGAAGAAGUUUGUUGAUGUUCUUCGUGAGGGAAACAUUGUUCCUGGCAUCAAAGUUGAUAAGGGUUUGGUUCCUCUACCAGGGUCAAACAAUGAAUCUUGGUGCCAAGGGUUAGAUGGAUUGGCUUCUAGAUCUGCUGAAUACUACAAGCAAGGUGCUCGAUUUGCUAAGUGGAGAACAGUUGUUAGCAUCCCAUCUGGUCCUUCUGCUUUAGCUAUUAAGGAAGCAGCAUGGGGACUUGCACGAUACGCUGCUAUCUCACAGGACAAUGGUCUUGUUCCAAUAGUUGAACCUGAAAUUCUUCUUGAUGGGGAUCAUCCGAUUGAGAGAACACUUGAAGUUGCCGAGAAGGUAUGGUCGGAAGUCUUCUUCUAUCUGGCCCAAAACAAUGUCCUUUUUGAGGGAAUUUUGCUCAAACCUAGCAUGGUUACACCCGGCGCCGAGCACAAGGAAAAGGCUUCUCCAGAAACCAUUGCCAAAUAUACUCUAACCAUGCUUAAAAGAAGAGUUCCUCCUGCAGUUCCAGGAAUCAUGUUUUUGUCAGGUGGACAAUCAGAAGUUGAAGCAACACUAAACCUUAAUGCAAUGAACCAAAGUCCCAACCCAUGGCACGUGUCUUUCUCAUAUGCACGAGCACUGCAGAACAGUGUGCUUAAGACAUGGCAAGGUCGCCCUGAGAAUGUGGAAGCAGCUCAGAAGUCUCUUUUGGUCCGUGCCAAAGCUAACUCCUUGGCUCAGCUUGGAAGAUACUCGGCCGAAGGUGAAAAUGAAGAAGCCAAGGCGGGAAUGUUCGUCAAGGGCUAUACCUACUAG